AUGAUGCGCGAACAGUAUGGAAAGGAGUGCAAAAUAUGUUCUCGUCCAUUUACCGUAUUUCGAUGGAGCCCUGGUCCCAAGGCUCGCUUCAAAAAGACGGAAAUCUGUCAAACGUGCGCUAAGGUGAAGAACGUCUGCCAAACCUGUAUUUUUGAUCUGGAGUACGGUCUUCCUGUUGAGGUUCGAGAUAAGGCUCUCCGACUAAAUCAACAACUCCCUCGAAGUGAUGUAAACCGGGAGUAUUUCCAUCAGCAAAUUGAACAGCAGCUGGAGGCUUCGGGAGACGUUACGGCCCCUUAUGGAGGUCACGAAUUCAUUGGGAAAGCAAUUGUUAGCUCCAACGCCUCGACAGGGACUGCUAGUUCUGAUCUUCUUUUAAAACUCGCCCGUACUACACCUUACUAUCGGCGCAAUCGCCCGCAUAUUUGUUCAUUUUGGGUGAAGGGCGAAUGCCGCCGGGGUGAGGAGUGCCCAUAUCGACAUGAAAAACCAACUGACCCUGAUGAUCCUCUCUCGGACCAGAAUCUUCGUGACCGUUAUUAUGGCAACGAUGAUCCUGUUGCUGCGAAACUGCUCUCGAAAUACCGCGCAAUGCCGAAGUUAACGCCACCAGAAGACUGUACCAUCACUACGAUAUAUAUUGGUGGUGUGCCAGCAGACAUAACGGAGAAGGAUCUUCGCGAUCAUUUCUAUCAAUUUGGAGAGCUGCGAUCAGUCAGUGUUCACUAUAAACAACACUGUGCUUUCUUACAAUUCACCACUCGUGAGGCCGCCGAGCGUGCUGCUGAACGGAGCUACGAUCGUCUGAUUUUGCGAGGCCAUCGUUUGACUGUGAAUUGGGGAAAAUCACCAGCUGCCUUGGCGGCUGCAAGCGCUGGUAUAAGUGUGACUGGAGUAAUGGAUGUAGCGCCCUUACCUCCAGUUCCGGGCUUACCUUUGCCACCAGUGCCACCACCACCAUCGUUGCUCUCUUCGGUUUCUGUGUCCUCUGUUUGUCCUAUGCCCACGAUUCCAGGUCCGAGCGGAGCUUUCUUUUCUGCUCCCCCACCUCCUCCUCUGCCCAUGCCCGUGGUUCAACUUGCGCCCCCUGUUGUCGACCCUAAUGCUUUCAUGGCAGGGCAAAGAGGACCCUUGCCACCUCCACUACUGUCGGCGCCACCGCCUCCACCGCCACCGCCUCCAGCAGUGCAAAGAGAAGAGGGAGAGAUGGGGAAGGUGGAAAAAGAAGCAACAGCGGAGAAGGGGGAGGAGAGACCGGUGUUGUUGGAUCAACCGCCAUCUUUGCCACAGUCACCACAGCCAGCUGUGGCUCAGGAUUUGCCCUCACUGGGAAUCCAUUAUCCCAGUCAGAACCCACAGCGAAUGGGAAGUGUGCCCCAGUCACAGAGACAUAUUUAG